GCUGCGUGUUAAGUUGUGUACUGUUUUCAUGUUUUCCCUUCGGCUGCUGUCUGCGUAAAGUUCAAACUUGUGGACGAAACUAAAAUUAUGGCUGCUGUCGUAGGGAAAUUACUGCGAAAUGACUUAAUACGAAUAAAAAAUAGUUUACCAUCCCGCAAGUUUUCAAAUAUUCCUCACUUCAAUCCUGGAAGCAAAAAGUUUCUUAUGGUAUCUGGCCUAGCUAUCGCUGGGGCUGCUGGAGUAGCGUUAGCUUUGAAAGAAACUGUUUCAGCUGGUGAAGUGGUUGUUCAUCCUCCAAAGCAUCCUUGGAGCCAUAGUGGCCCUUUAAGUUCAUUAGAUCAUGCUAGCAUACGUAGAGGGUAUGAAGUUUACAAGCAAGUUUGUGCAGCCUGUCACAGUAUGAAAUAUCUAAGGUACAGAGAAUUAGUUGGCGUAUCGCACACUGAAGACGAAGCUAAGGCUGAAGCUGAGGAGAUCAUGGUAACAGAUGGACCGAAUGAUGAAGGAGAAAUGUUUCAAAGACCUGGUAAACUUUUUGAUGCUUUCCCAAGUCCAUAUUCUAAUGAAGAACAGGCUAGGGCAGCCAACAAUGGAGCCUAUCCUCCUGAUCUCAGUCUGAUAACAAGUGCACGCCAUGGUGGGGAGGAUUAUGUAUUUGCUCUGUUAACUGGAUAUUGUGACGCUCCUGCUGGCUUUGAAUUAGGCGAUGGGCAAUAUUACAAUCCAUAUUUUCCUGGAGGAGCUAUUGGAAUGGCCCAAGCAUUAUAUAAUGAAAUAAUAGAGUAUUCUGAUGGAACUCCUGCUACUCUUAGUCAACUGGCUAAAGAUGUCUGUACAUUUUUAAAGUGGGCUGCAGAACCAGAACAUGAUACUAGGAAAAGGAUGUUUAUUAAAGUUGCUUUAGUGUUAUCUGUACUGACAGGAAUUUCAUUUUACUUCAAAAGACUAAAGUGGGCUCCUCUCAAGACACGAAAAAUCGUCUUUAAAGAGAAGAAAUAAAUCUAAUGCAAUCUAAUAUUCACCAAUGAAUUUUUAUUUAUGAAUUAGUUAAAGCUUUCUCAUCUUUAAAUAGAUACAGAUAGGAUUACCCUAGAAUAUCACUUUAAAAUUUUAAUGUGAUCCUAUGUAAUUACCCUCGAAGAAUUAAACUGUUUGUUGUCUAAUUUCUUGACUGGGCUGUAAAAUUUUGUCCUCUCUGCAUUAAAGCUAUUUUGUAACAUAUGUUGAUAAUUUUUAAUUAGUUCAUAUCUAUCUUUCUAUCAUGUAUUAAUAUUACAUGAGUUGCCCUUGAUUUAGUGAAGCAAGCAGAAACAAAUUUUCAUAUUGAAAAGAUGUAUAGCAAAAGUAGUAAAAUUUGUUUGCAAAUAUUUGCUCAAUUUAAUAUUGCAUGAUGUAAUACUAGACUUACAAUGUAAUGUGUUUCUUAGAUCUAAAGACAACCAACAAAAAUCAAAAUUUAUUUUCUGAAACUUUUUUUUUAAUGUUUAAAUUAAAUUGAACAGUAAAUGAUUAAUUUCCAAUAAAGUGAAUCAAUAAAGUC